AUGGCGUGCGCGGCGGCGCACAUGUUCGUCUACAACGCCACUCUCUGCGCCUGCGACCCCGGGUACUACCUCUUCACCAACUCCACCGGCGGCGGCAACGGAAGCAGCGCCAGCACCAGCUGCGUGUCAUUGCCCCGCGGCGGCGACGGGUUCGGCGACUGGCAGGUCGGGUCCGUGGGCGCGUCCAAGAACCAGAGCUUCUACUUCCUGACCCCGGUCCUCUCCCUCGACGUCGUCCGCCGCCUCACCCAGUCCCAGGCCGUCCUCCUCUGGGUCGCGCUCGCCACGCUGCUCUCCUGGUUCGCCUUCUGCGCCGCCGCCAGGUUCGCGGGCCAGGACCCCGCCCGCCACAAGAAGCUCUUCGGCGCCCGGUUCUGGGUCAGCCGCCUCGACUGCAUCUUCGACAACAACCACUAUGCGAAUGAUCAGCAAGUACUGAGGAAAAGAAAAACAGAGCUGGGCGGCAUGUUCUCGGUGGCUACCGUGAUACUCUUCCUUGGAUUAGUCACAGUUCUGCUGUAUCAAGCCAUCCACAGGCGUAACGCCCAAGUACAUCGAGUGAAACCAGCUAAUGCUCCGGAUUUGCUGGAUUUUGUGAAUGACCUUGAGUUUCACAUAACCACUAUCUCAAGCAUGUCUUGCGCCCAAGUAGUGCCACCUUCUACAAUAGCAAUGGGAACCCCUGGGUUUAUGGACUUCAGGGUGCUGCCUCUGUCAACACUCUUGACCUACAGUUGCCAGAACACGAGCGAGGGGCCAUCAAUUACACUGAAGUGCAAUGGCUGCCGAAUCCCUCCAAGAGACCACUAUGUAUCCUGGCAGUUUGUUGACCUGCCAAGGCAACCGGCUGCCGCUGUCGGCUUCCAGUUUAACUUGACUGCGAAGGAACAUGGAGAUGAUAAAGAUAUGAGCUUUGUGAGCGGUACUUUAAGCUCUGACAAUUACAUUGAUACCAAGCUGAAAACAUUCAGAGGGCCAGAUUCUAAUGUGCUCAAAAUUCAAUUGUUUCCUCAAAUAUACAACAACCUUCGUGGCUUGAAGCUCUUGCAGCCGCUUGUUCAGGACUUCACUCAAGGCUCUACCUUAUCAGAUUUGAGCAGCUUGAAUGCUUCCUUGCAGAACCCUAGAGAUGGAGUAAUAAAUACUACACUCUACAUAAGUUAUCUUUCUGACUAUAUCGUGGAGAUCAGCAAUGAAAAUGUGCUUGGCCCAGUCAGUAUACUUGCGAGUAUUGGUGGCCUGUAUGCCUUCAGUGUAGCAAUUUUUCUCUGCCUCAUGGCUCAAUGUGAAGGCAGGAUAAAGAAGCUCCGAGAUGAGGAUACCAGAAUGCUCAAUAUUUUGAGCAAACAACGUGCUCAACGAAACUGGAACAAGGUUCGGAAGUUUGUCAUGUACACCUGGGGUCCAAGCAACUUGGAUCCAACAGAUAGAAGUGGCAAGUGGCCUGAAGGCUCGGUGAUGGAUUCCCUCCAUGGAUCCUUCCACAAGACAAGAAAACCAAUGAGAAGAGGAGCCUCGAAUGGGAGCAAACCUAAUAAGCCUGGUGACAUGGUACCACAUCAUGCAGUUGAAAUUGAAAGAGUUGGGGAGAUACAGGAGUCAAGCAGUUCUAGGUAG